UCCGACGACGAUCAUGUUGUCGCCGAGGAAACUCAAGUAUCUGCUUCUUGGCUUUACCUGCCUGCUGCUCGUUGCCGCGAGCGCGAGAGCUCAGGACGACGGAGAAGAUGGUGGCCUCGACGCCAACGCCGAGGAGCUCUGCCAGGACAGGCCCGGCGACGAGUACUUCAGGCUGAGCACGGACGGCGACUGCCGCGACGUCGUGAGGUGCGACAAAGCGACCGAGAUCGGAGUCGUGAGACUCGCGUCGGUCAAGUGCCCAACCGGCCUGGCUUUCGACAUCGAGCGACAGACCUGCGACUGGAAGACCAACGUUAAGAACUGCGAGCAGCUCGAAAGACCGCGCAAGGUGCUGCCGAUCCUCAAGACCGACGAGCCCAUCUGCCCGGAGGGCAAGCUGUCCUGCGGUAACGGCGAGUGCGUCGACAAGGAGCUCUUCUGCAACGGCAAGCCCGACUGCAAGGACGAGUCCGACGAGAAUGCCUGCACCGUGGAGACGGAUCCGAAUCGCGCGCCCGACUGCGACCCGACCCAGUGCAUCCUGCCCGACUGUCACUGCUCGGCGGACGGCACCCGCAUCCCCGGCGGCCUCGAGCCCCAGCAGGUGCCCCAGAUGAUCACCAUCACCUUCAACGGCGCCGUCAACAUCGACAACAUCGACCUGUACGACGAGAUCUUCAACGGCCACCGCGUCAAUCCGAACGGCUGCCAGAUACGCGGCACCUUCUUCGUCUCGCACAAGUACACCAAUUACUCGGCCGUGCAGGAUCUGCAUCGUCGCGGCCACGAGAUCUCCGUGUUCUCGCUCACCCACAAGGACGACCCGAACUACUGGAGCCAGGGCACGUACGACGACUGGCUGGCGGAGAUGGCCGGCGCUAGGCUGAUCAUCGAGCGUUUCGCCAACAUCACCGACAGCUCGAUCAUCGGCGUGCGCGCGCCCUACCUGCGCGUGGGCGGCAACAAGCAGUUCGAGAUGAUGGCCGACCAGUUCUUCAAUUACGACGCCUCGAUCACGGCCUCGCUGGGACGCGUGCCCAUCUGGCCGUACACCCUGUACUUCCGCAUGCCGCACAAGUGCAACGGCAACAGCGGCAACUGCCCGUCGCGGUCGCAUCCCGUCUGGGAGAUCGUGAUGAACGAGCUGGAUCGCAGGGACGACCCGACCUUCGACGAGUCGCUGCCCGGUUGCCACAUGGUCGACUCGUGCUCCAACAUCCAGACCGGCGAUCAGUUCGCCAGGCUGCUGAGGCACAACUUCUAUCGCCACUUGAACAGCAACAGGGCGCCGCUGGGUCUGCACUUCCACGCCUCCUGGCUCAAGAGCAAGAAGGAGUUCAAGGAGGAGCUGAUCAAGUUCAUCGAGGAGAUGCUGGGACGUACCGACACGUACUUCGUCACCAUGGUUCAGGUCCUGAAAUGGAUGCAAGAGCCCACCGAGAUCCCAUCUCUGCGCGACUUCGACGCCUGGAAAGAGAAGUGCGACGAGAAGGGACAGCCCUUCUGCUCGUUGCCCAACGCCUGCCCAUUGACGACCCGGGAGCUGCCCGGCGAGACGCUGAGAUUGUUCACCUGCAUGGAGUGCCCCAACAAUUAUCCCUGGCUGCUCGACCCCACCGGGGACGGCUUCUCCGUGAGGAAGUAGAAAACUACUUCCACCGCGACGAAGACGCGACACACGUGUUCUCCUAACUUGUAUAUAUUAUAGAAUGCUACGAUACUUAAGUUUUUUUUUAUUUUAUUUUGUACUUUGCAGUAAGUUUUCCGUCCUUUGACUUGCGCGUAUAUAGAUUAUUAUAUAUAUUUAAUUCAUUCUGUUACAUACUCAUUGCCACGAUCAUUUUUUUAUUACGUUACCUACUCUUCUUCUCUGUUUUUCUCUUUAUGUUAUAUCGUAUCGCUUCGAGCCUAUUAUCACAAUAUAUUAUCAUUGUAUAAUGUUAAAACGACCAUGACUGUAUGUGAGAUUUACUGCAAAUUAAAGUCUCUAUAUUUCUUCUACUUUUUUCCUCUCUCUGUAAGCACUCGAUAAUAGAAAGUUAGUAUUUUACAUUUCUAAUAUUACCUUUAUUCGCAACGACGUGCUUAGAUUUUAAUUAUCGUAUUAUCGCGUAGGAAUCUUUUUUUUUUAUAAUUUAAAUGAUAUCGAAGAGUGUGAAUAUAAAAUCAAUUAUGCAAUGCUGUGAAUGAAUUUCUACGUACGUAUAAUUUGUAAUUGAAUUGUGAUUACUUCUUUUUUUUUUCAUGUCGCAUUUGUUUAUUUGUUUUUUAUUGUAUCACGAUGCGAACUCACAAUUGAUUUGAGAUAAAUGAAUAAAUAAAUAAUGAAUAUUUUUAUCAAAACAUUUACCCGAGUUUAUGAUUUAUUUCUACAUAAGGGUAGGACGAGGGAUGCAAUGAAGAAUCGACUGUGCCAAUUGGUAUCAUUUUUUCAGCGUUAUUAUUUCUCUUGAAUUUUGUGAAUAUAUACAAAUAAGAUAUUUCGAAGAAUUAAUUAAUAACUAAUUUUUCUCUUGCACGGCGAGAGGUGCAUUACAAUCCCAUAAUAACUGAAUCAACGAGCAAGACGAUAAAUAUAUAUUAUUAUUUCCAUUAAAUUACAAAUUGUGUUUAACGCAAAUCGAUACCGUUCAUUUUUUUUUUUUUACAGUACAUUAGUCAAAAUAAAUGUAGCAGUAUCGACAUAAAAUUAUAUAUUUAUAUAUUCCAACUAGCUGCGGAAAAGCUGAAGAAAUGCGUUAGUUAAAUUCGAUCUAUUUCGUCUCAUUCAUUCAUAUACACACACAUGCACACACAUGAUAAACACGGCGAGCAAAAGUUUUUUUAUUACUUUUUCAUUUUUUCU